GACAAUUUAUGGAGUGCUAUACACAACUUGAUUAAAAAUAAGCUUUGCAAGUAUAUGAACUUUUUAACGAAUAUAAUAAAUUAACUAAUUCUGUGAGAUAAUUUGGAUCCAUUAGUAAUAGUUUUAAAAAUUGCAAUAUUUCUUAACCUAAGUUAAAUUCAUUUUUAUUUUUUAGAUGGUAUGUUCCAAACAAAAAAGAGUAGGAUGAAUUAUAAUUGUAUUUUUAGAAUGUCAAAAUUUAUUUAACAAGUAGAACCAAAAGAUAGAAAAUUGAAAAAUCUGCUUCCUAAGUACUGAGAGUAUGUCAAAGUACAGACAGAAAUUAUAGAAAAUCAACUUCAUUUGUUGGACAAAAAGGAGAUAACUUUCUUCAAAAUACUACUUUAGGGUAUAUGAAAAAAAUAUGUACUGCUACAAAUCCUAUUGCAUUAUAAUAUACAUUUGAAAGUGAAUCAAAAACUGAUAUUUAACAGAAAUGA